UUUAUUGAUGUCAGGACUGGAGAGAUAUAUGAGAAAUUAUCCCCUUUUUUCCACCCUUAGAGAAAUGCAAGGAAGAGAGGAACUCACAGACACUCUUCUAAUAACUACAGAUCAUAAAAUUGCCGUCCAUGCCGGUGUUUUAGUUUCCAAUAUGUACAAUCAGAUGAAAAUUGAGAUAAUCAAGAUAGAGCCAUCUGAAAUUCUUCUCCAUAGUGAUACAGAUACUGAUGAGAUGGAUGAGAAUGCCGAAGACAGUAUGAAUGAGGAUGAUAAUAUUCCUGAUGGGAAUUCUAUAACCUUAGAUUUGUCUAAAUCUACAAUGCCAAUAGAAUAUAAAAAGUGUUUUGAAUGUGAAGAAGAGUUUAGCAAAGUCAAGCAGUUGAAAGACCACAUGAAGCUUGUUCAUGCAGAAUUGAGCCCUUGUUGGAAGUGUAACAAGUUGUUUGCUUCAAAUACAAUCUUGAAACAACACAAGAAAACAAAUCAUGGAAAAAUUAAGGAGAAAGAUUUAAGUUUUAUUUUGCUAAACGAAGAUGUGAAGAAAGCUCUUGGAUUAGCUGUUAAGAGAGGAAUGCUGGGUAAACACGAGUUUAUCUGUCAAGAACAGGAGGAAAACGGUGUAAAAUGUUUAGAACAGUUUUUGAACCAGGAUGCAUUGCGGCAUCAUAUUUCUAACAAGCAUGUGCUUGGAUUGUAUUAUUGCUGUAAAUGUGACAAACAAUUAAAUAACAGGGUUAUGAAAUUUACCCACGUCAAGUCCAAGCAUUCCAAAGACAAAGAUGAGAAAGGAAAGUUUGAGUGUAAAAGCUGUGGGAAAAGGUUCAAAUCUGCUUACUACUUGAAAACUCACUCAAGAAAAGUUCACAGUGAUGAUAUUAAGAAUGAAAAAAACAGCUUUAUAGUUGUGAACACAGAGGUAAAAAGACAGUUAAAGGCUUCUGUAUCACGUGGCACUGUUAGUAAAGAUGAGUACACGUGCCAGGAGGAAGACGAGCGCGGUGCACAAUGCAGCGCGGCAUUUCAGACAGCUGAUAAGUUCCACCAUCAUCUUUCCACACAUCACCUCUCUGGGCUUUAUCACUGUACGCUCUGUGAUAAACAGCUCAAUAACAGGGCGAUGAAGCACUUGCACAUGAAGAAACAUGCUUCAGAGAAUUAUCCUGAAACACAAGGGAAAGAUCACCAAGUCUAUUCAUGUGAUAUCUGUGAGUUUUCUGCUACCAACAAGCAUUGUCUAAACCUACACAGAAGAAAUAAGCAUGAGGCCUCAAAAGAGAAAUCUGUCUGUGAUAUUUGUUUAAGAGAAUACACAACACUUGAAAAUAUGUUAGACCAUAAGAGAAAAAUCCACGAAGGUGAAGGGUUUCCGUGUGAAACUUGUGGGAAAACAUUCAGAACUCUCAAAGCAGUUUCUUUACAUGCAGAGAUACAUGCAGGUUCAAAACAUCCCUGUGAUAAAUGCGGGAAAGAGUUUUCAUCCCAGCAGGCUUUAACAUCACACAGCAACAACUACCAUGGACCAGUUCAGGAGUAUGUUUGUCAAUACUGUGGAAAAAUUUCCAAUAUCUAUGUGACCCACAAGCGCCACCAAGAAACACAUACUGGAGAGAAACCCUUUAAAUGUGACAUCUGUCAAACUGCAUAUGAUCGGAAACAUAAACUGGACAUGCACAAGAAAACCCACUCGGAUAAUAAGGAGUUUGAAUGUGAUAUUUGUCAGGCAAAAUUUAAAGUUUAUUAUGUUCUGAAGAGGCAUAAAGUGAUCCACAAGGAACGAAGGCAUAAAUGCCAUAUGUGCAAGUUUGCAGCACAUCAGUCCUUUGACCUGACCAGGCACUAUAGGUCAGUGCAUGCUAUUGAAAGGCCAAAAGAAACUUAUUUGUCCUAUAAAAAUGAUACUUGAUUUCAAUCAAUAAAAAUGACAAAAAUUGG